CUUUUAAACAAAUAACAGAGGAACGAGGCGUGCCAUGGCUGCAGUGUUGUUAUUGGGCAGCACAUCUUUGACAGCAUCCAACUCUCGGGACAGCUCAGUGCUGUCCACCGGCCUGCAGCGGUUACAUUUGACUGUCCUCUAGCGCAUCUGACCAGGGACAUCUUCUAGCAGACACAGACCGCCGAGACAAGCAGGCAGAGACAGACUCAGUGACCCCAAAAAGAAGCAGGAAGUGUGUGAAACUGUCACGGGGAGCUUCAGCGAGGGUGAGCAGACUCAUCCCAGGCUCUUCUCACCAACCAUGUCAAACGAACGCACCCCUCUGAUCAACUCAGGGGUAUGUGGUCUGGCUGUGACCGCAGUGACAUGCGGCGCAGAGUCGGACGCCACCCCUGAAUCCGGCUCCGGGACGCCAAGUAAAGACCCUCGAAAACUCAACACUUUUUUUGGGGUGAUGGUGCCGACCAUCCUCUCCAUGUUCAGCAUUGUGCUGUUCCUGAGAACCGGGUUUGUGGUUGGUCACGCAGGGCUGUUACAGGGUCUUCUGAUGGUGGUUGUAGCCUACACUAUUAUAUCUCUUACAAUACUCUCCAUCUGUGCCAUUUCCACCAACGGUGCUAUACAAGGUGGUGGAGCCUACUACAUGAUAAGCCGGUCUCUUGGCCCGGAGUUUGGAGGAAGCAUUGGUUUGAUGUUCUUCCUGGCCAAAGUGUGUGCAUGUGGAGAGUAUGUUCUUGGUCUUGUGGAGGCGAUACUUGAUGUAUUCGGUGCAGAUCCUGAGUCGUCUGUAUCUCAGGGGAUUCGGGUGCUCCCUCAGGGGUACUGGUACUCACUGCUCUACUCAUCAGUCAUCCUUCUGCUGUGUCUGCUCGUGUGUCUGGUGGGCGCCAAGAUCUACUGCCGCACCGCCUUCGCCAUCCUGCUGGUGGUCACCGUAUCCUUGCUGUCCAUUUUCAUCAGUUCUGUGGCGGUCAAGCCUCAUGAAUUCGUCAUCACCCACAAGGGACCUGGCAACGAAACCCUGCGUUACAACGCCAGUUACACAGGCUUCAACGCCACCACGCUGAGGAACAACCUGGGCUCUGGUUACUCUUUGGACUACAGCACCAACUCUGUCAUGUCGUUUGCCACCGUGUUUGCUGUCAUGUUCACCAGCUGCACUGGCAUCAUGGCCGGAGCCAACAUGUCAGGAGAGCUGAAGACUCCGAGUGUCUCCAUCCCUAAAGGCACCAUCGUAGCCGUUUUUUACACUUUCACGGUCUACGUCCUCCUCUUCAUUUUGGUCAGCGCCACCUGUGACAGGACCCUGUUGAUUCAGGAUUAUGGGUUCCUCCAGAGAAUAAACCUCUGGGGGCCGUUCAUCACCAUCGGGAUUUACUGCGCUGCUCUGUCAGCUGCAAUGUGCUCUAUGAUCGGAGCGUCCCGUAUCCUCCACGCUCUUGCUCUGGAUCACCUCUUUGGUUUACCAUUAGCCCCAGCUGCCCACACAUCAAGCUCGGGGAACCCGUGGGUGGCAGUGCUGUACACCUGGGGUCUGGCACAGUGUGUAGUGUUUGCAGGCCAGCUUAACGCCAUAGCAAGUUUGGUGACUGUUUUCUACUUACUUGCCUACGCUGCGGUUGACCUGGCUUGUUUGGCUCUUGAGUGGGCGUCGGCACCAAAUUUCAGGCCGACCUUCCAGCUCUUCUCCUGGCACACUUGCCUGCUGGGCAUCCUGAGCUGUUUAGUGAUGAUGUUCGUCAUUAACCCCGUGUACUCCUCAGGCAGCAUCGUCCUCCUGUUACUGCUGCUGCUUUUCCUCCACUACAGAUCGCCCACCAGCAGCUGGGGCUACAUCAGCCAGGCUCUUAUUUUCCAUCAGGUGCGCAAAUAUCUGUUAAUGCUGGAUGUGAGGAAAGACCACGUCAAGUUCUGGAGGCCGCAGGUGUUGUUAAUGGUGGCCAACCCUCGCUCUUCCUGUCAGCUCAUCCUGUUUGUCAAUCAGCUGAAGAAGGGAGGACUGUAUGUGUUGGGCCACGUGCAGCUGGGAGAUCUGGACUCUCUGCCGUCAGACCCGAUCCAGCAGCAGUACAACUUUUGGUUGAGCCUAGUUGAUAAACUCGAUGUGAAGGCGUUUGUAGACCUGACGCUGUCUCCCUCCGUCAGACAGGGAACACAGCAUCUACUGCGCAUCACAGGUCUAGGUGGUAUGAAGCCCAACACACUGGUUUUAGGUUUCUAUGACAGCUGCACUCCUGAGGACUUCUUCCUACAAGAUUCUGCGUUCUGUGACCCUUCCAUCGGACAAGGGAGCGAGGGCGAAUACAAUUUUGGGGUGGAUUUGCCUUCAUUACAGGCCCAUUUCCCCCCAGUGCGACAUGUUGAGAGCCCAAGGUGGCUGUCACCAGAGGAGUACGUAGGGAUAAUUUCUGAUGCCCUGAAAAUGAACAAGAACGUGUGCCUUGCCCGCUAUUUCUUCCAGUUAGAGGGAGAGGAUAAAGACAGCAAGGUGGACGGGUCGGAGCGGACAAUAGAUGUGUGGCCCCUCAACCUGCUCCAGCCAGGCAGCCGUGAUUAUGAGGACGUGUGCAGCCUCUUCCUGCUGCAGAUGGCCUGCGUGCUCAACAUGUCCAACAAAUGGCGCCAUGCGAGGAUGAGAAUCUUCUUAAAUGUGGAGACUGAGUCCAGCGACCAGGGCUGGGUGGUAAACGAAGAGACAUUCCGAGAGUUGCUGAGGAAGCUGAGGAUUAGGGCGUCAAUAAAGAUCGUGCCGUGGGACUCUGUGGUGCAGCACCACGUUCAGCCAGACGGGGAGGCCCCUGCAGAGCUGACGCAAGCUCUGUCUGAGGACUUCUUGUCUUCAGUGAACUCUAUGUUGAUGGAGCACAGUUCGCAAGCCGCUGUUCGCUUCCUGUAUUUGCCUCGACCUCCUGCUCAGCACAGCCAGGCACAGCAGUACUUGGCUCAAGUUGAAGCAGUGACCAACAGUUUAGGGCCAACGCUGCUGAUUCACGGUGUCACUCCGGUCACGUACACUGAUCUGUGAGCAUGUGCGGUCAUGAGUUUUGUUCACUGAUAUUCUAGGUGCAGCAAAGUCUUACCUGUGUAAAUAGAAACUCUGGUUACAUGUAAAAAUUAACACAGUAUGUAGCACCAGUUACUAUUGGUUUUCCUGAUACAGCUUUUUUAUUCUUGUUUUACUCUAGCUUACUAAAGGACCAUAGUCGGUUUGAGUGCAUUUUUAAAAUAUGCCACUUGAGGUUUUUGCAUUUAAAUAGGAUAUUUUCCUAUUGACUUAUACUUGAACGGGCUUGGUGAAUGAGCCUAGAAAUGGGGAAAUACUAACUAACUAAUUUUUUGUGGAUGUGAAUUAUGUUAACCUCUUGUUUGCAUUAUCUGAGGUUCCGUUCUUCCAUAUUAGACAGAAAUUAUAAAUGUGUCAAAGACUUAUGAGAACAAAAAGCAAUUUGUUUGGAACAAUACGGGUUGUCUAAGACAAUUAAUAUAGAAAUAUCUAUAUAAACGUUCAGGGAUGAAAGGAUGAAUUUUGAUGCCAUUUGACCAUGGUAAAGGGAUAGCUCAGAUUUUUUGAAGUGGGCUUGAAUGAGGUACUUAUGCAUAGACAGUAUGUUACAUUCAGUAGAUGUCUGUCAGCAUGCCCCCAGUUUGGAGAAGCAGGAUGGAGUUGGACAUGGAAGCUAAACAAUGUACUGCUGUCUCAACAAAAAAGUUAGUUAUCAGUUUAAGUUUACUUGGUUCUGGGAGUAUUUUUACUGCCUUUACCUUAUUGUCAGACAGUGAUUUCCAACGGGAAAAUAAAGCUGUUACAUUGUUUCUACAAAGUCAGACUCUGUUGAGAAAAACAGUGAUUUAUCAUUGCUGAACACAGUAGCUGCUGCUCUACUGCUGCUUCUAUC